AUGGAGGCUCCCACCCUGACUGAAAUGGGAGACUUGUGUCCCGCUCGAACCUCCUCUCCGGAGGGGGAGACGGUAUGCUCUGCUCUCGCCCGUUAUGAGAACACGCUGCGGGAUGCUAUCCGGGAGAUCCACAUAGAUGUCAGUGCUUUCAAACAGGGCGUAGAAUGCCGUCUGGAGGAGGCAGCCAACCUCAGCGGGCCUCUGGGCAGGGCCGUGGCCCAGCUGCAGCAGGAGAACAGGCAGCUCAGGGGGCAGCUGGAGGCCCUCACCCGACAGGUGGAGCUCCUAACCGGGAUGGCGUGUGACCGCAGAACCCUGCUCGAUGGCGCCCACAGCCAGAACAACCAGAACCAGAACCACAAGAAUCACCAUGGCGACGUUGCGGUGAAUCACCAGGAGACUGUGGAGGUGAUCCACGGUAAGGGCCAGGCCCACGUUCACGCCAACAGCCAGGCUCACCUUCACAUCCAGACCCAGAGCCAAGGACGCCAAACCCAGGGCCGCAGCAGUCCCAGCAGCCAGACCAGCCCUUCAUCGCCACCUCCCACUUUCUCCUCCUCAGGGUCAGGGAGUCCCACAGCGGGCCCGAGGGUCUCCUCCAUAGUGGCCGGCCCAGUGUCCAGUAGCCCCUCCACCGCCCGCUUCUCCAGCCGAGCCACCUUCGCUGUGUCCAGCAAAACCAACAGUAUCGAACGGGAGGAACCAAUAGAGGUGGACCCGGUUCCAACACAUUCUGGACUGGAGAAUGGAGACACUACCAACGCAGAAAGCUCCAUGCUGGUACAUCACAAGGCCUCGCCAACCAACGACUAUCCACAUGAGCACACAGCCCCGGUUGCCAUGCGGAUGCCCCACCUCCCCAUCACUGCCACGACCAAAGUGGCUGAAAUGAAGCCCGCCGACAGUCCUAGCAGUCCGACUGGAUCCCAGCCUUCACCUGUCACAGAGGCCUCACCUCCUAGCCAAUGCAUGGCUAACGACAACAACCAGCCUCAACCAAUAGUGGAGACCCCUAUUCAGCCAGUAUCAAGUACCAAGACAUGGGCCUCUACUCCAGUCAGAGCUCUGGGAUCUCCCAGACUUCAAGAAAAGGCAAAUUCAGCCCCUGCUAAGUCAGUGACAUAUUCUGGGUUACUCCACUAUGACAGCCUCAAUGACACCAGCAGUGACAAAUCCUUUGGUCAGGGAGUAGAGAGGAGGCGGGAACUGGUGAGAUCACAGACUCUUCCACGCAACAUCGGUGCUCAGGCCCGCCGAUCAAUAUUUGAACGGCUGGACCCUGAUGUUGGUAACAGCCGUUCCAGCCCGGUAGACUCGAAACCCAAACUAAAGCGAUCUCAAAGCUUUGGGGUAUCCAGUGCCAGCAGCAUCAAACAGAUCCUUCUGGAGUGGUGCCGCUCCAAAACCAUAGGAUACCAGAACAUAGACAUACAGAACUUCUCCUCCAGCUGGAGUGAUGGCAUGGCCUUCUGUGCUCUGGUCCACUCCUUCUUCCCUACAGAGUUUGACUACAACUCCCUGUCCCCUGCAAACCGCAAGCACAACUUUGAACUGGCCUUCGGAACAGCAGAAUUGAAGGCAGGCUGCGACCGGCUGAUCGAGGUGGAGGACAUGAUGAUCAUGGGCCGUAAACCUGACCCAAUGUGCGUCUUCACCUAUGUCCAAUCUAUGUACAACCACCUGCGCAAAUUUGAGUGACGCGCCGGCAGUGCGGAGCAAGCACAGCGCAGAGAAGAGCGCAGCCCUCAGCGCAAAGUGGCGAGGAUGUGACUGACAUCCUGCAACAGGACUUCUUCUUCACAAUACAUACAACAACAACAACAAAAAGAUUACUCACUGUGAGCUGAAUUUAAGUCCGAGUUCAAGUGGAAGAGUUGACUCUGGUGCUUGGGGUAACUGGAAAAGGUUAGACUCCCCCCUGGUGGUAGGAAUAGAGCCCUUCUCCACACGCCACUGAGGACUGCGCCUAGUUUGCGUGUGAAGUGCUUGUAGUACACUUUUGUUGACAGACACAACCGUACAUGGUCUCAUUGGAUGUUUAUUGCGUUUGUACAUGAAGAUUUGUUAGUUGUAAACGUGCAGUUUGGAAAAUAUUCACUUUUGGCAAAGUUUGGGGCGGAAGUUUUGUUUAUGUUUUGUGUGUGUGUGUCGGGCGCGUCGGGGAGGGGGGUAGUUUAUAUAGGGGUACAUUUCACUUCACAGAAAGAGAAGCAAAUAGUUGUGUUGUUUAAUUCUUUAUAAACAGCUUACUUGUUUGGAAAAAAAUGGCGUCAUGAAAAGACACUGCAUUGGAGAAAAAAAAGGGAGGCGAUUUAACAAGUUGUUUUAGUUAUUUUACAAUGCACCGUAGCACUAUUUGGCUUUAGGCAAGAAAAGAAGAAAAUAAAUAACAGAAAAAAAGGAAAACGUAUUUCCACUGGAAAUGUAGGCCAUGUUUUUGUUCAAUAAAUGUGUUUUGGUCAGUGGGUA